AUGGAAGUAGAUACUAAACCAUUCAGCAAGGCUCUUAGCAUUAAGUACCCCGGUGAAGAAAAUGUAGAGUUUUUUUUCCAUAAGAUCGAGUUUGAAGAUAAAAUGAUCAUUAAUAUUCAAAUAGAUGGGUCCAUGGAUAUGACAUUCGAUAUCGCAGAUACUUUUCGAACAAGCAAUCCGAGCUUCCUACGCUCGUCCAAUGAGGAUGGAGAGCAUGAAAUAGAGCCCAGAGUGCUCUUGGGGAAUCACAAAAACAUAAAGCUUCAAAUCGUAGCAUCCCAAAUUGGAAAACUUGCAUUAAACUCAAGCAGACCUAAAAGCAUUAUACUAUCGAUAGGAUCACGUUGGUUCGGAGAUGGUGAAUCAGUCGAGAAACAAGACUUUGAUAAGCUAUUGUUCAUACUAGACAACGUUAAGGACUUGCUACAAUGA